AAUAAUACAAAAUUAAAGGAAACAAGUGGAAAAUUCUAGAUUUGCAAAACCCUAAUCCCCAAUUCCAAAGAUACACGAUCGAUCCAGUCAAGCUUCAUAGUUGACCCAAUCCAUCUAUGGCUUGGAGAAGAAGUUGCCGACUGUACUCCCUUACCAAUAAGAUCCCCAUUCCAUCUCCUUCAUUCCUCACCUCCUUCUCCCGCAAUGGCCGCAAUCCAGCUUCUCCCCUCAGAAUAUGGCUACGUCGUCCUCGUUCUUGUCCUCUACUCCUUUCUCAAUUUCUGGAUGGCCGGUCAGGUCGGCCGCGCUCGCAAGAGGUAUAAGGUCUUUUACCCUAAUUUGUACGCUCUUGAAUCCGAGAACAAGGAUGCCAAACUCUUCAAUUGUGUCCAGAGAGGGCACCAAAAUUCGCUAGAAAUGAUGCCUUUGUUCUUCAUGCUUAUGAUUUUGGGAGGAAUUGGGCAUCCUUGCCUUAGCGCUUCCUUUGGAAUUCUCUAUGUUGUGUCUCGAUUCUUCUACUUCAAAGGUUACGCUACCGGUGUGCCUGAAAAGCGCCUCACCAUCGGGAAAUUUUCUUUUCUGGCAUUGCUGGGGUUGAUGGUUUGUACAAUCUCGUUGGGUGUUAAGCUUCUUCGUCAGUAAGCUUAUAAUCCUGUUGAGCUUGGGCUGAUGUUUUAGUGUUGUUCUUCAUCUUCCUCGUUGCCUUGGACUUCAGUCUAUGACUUUUGAUUGUGUGGUUUUUUUUUUUUUUUUUUUUGUGUUAUUAAGAGUUUGAAUAACGGUUUUUUUUUUUUUCCUUCCUAAUCUUUGUUAUAGAAGUUGCAACUUUUUACUUCAAAAAAAAAAAAAAAAAAAAAAAAGUUAUAGUAAAUUUGAGACUUCUUUUAUCAAAUGAAGUGUAAAACGUAGAUUUGCCUCUUAAUUUAAGAGAGGCCUUUGAACUUUCGUCAUGUUCAAUCCUAUUUUCUUUGUAGUUAUA